ACGUAUAAUCUAGUGGACGGAACGCUUCUUUCAACAGCAGCAACAACAGAUAGACAUCUCGGUAGCUUGCUAGACAAAAUAGCUGAACCAAUAUAGCUCUUUAGACGCUUUAGUGCUUUAGUGUAUAUUAGCCACUGUGUUUUAAACCCACUUCUAUCGUCUAGUUAGUUAACCGAUUUAAUUUCAUAUUUACGGUGUUGUUAUUAGUCAGCUAGCGGGCUGGUUGUUAGCAUUAGCCUAGCUAACAUCCCCGACCAUGCGGUCACUAAGCCACUCCCCUGCUAAAGGAGAGGAGGAUAUCACAGUAAAACAAGAAGUAGAGGGUGAGGCCGUUACUGUGAAAGAAGAGGAAGACGCGUUCAGAGAAAAAGAGGAGGGGGAUGUUACAGUAAAAGGAGAGGAGGAUGCAGUUUAUGGAGUGAAAGAAGAGGGAGAGAUAACUGUUACAUCGAAAAAGGAGGAGGAGGAGGAAGAAGAGGAGGAACAUGGAUAUCUGGUCCCGGUUUCCCAAACGCAUCUUAAGGCAUCCAAUGGUUCUAACGAUGCAUUUAGCCAUAGGAUGGUUUUGAGAAACCGUUCCCUGAUUAACACUAGAGAGAUAUGGGACUAUCGUGGAUCCUCUGAGGAGCCUCAACAACCUCAUGAUGCUGAAGAGGCAGAGAAGAGUCUCUCCAGAUCAGAACACCUCAAGAAACACCUGCAGAGAUCCACAGGGAAGGGAACUCACUGCUGCUCUGACUAUGGGAAGAAAUCCACCUCAUCAGGCAUUAAAAUUCACCAGAGAACACACACAGGAGAGAAAUCUUAUAGCUGUGGUCAAUGUGGGAAGAGAUAUGCUUCAUCUGGCUCACUGACUAUACACCAUAGAACACACACAGGAGAGAAACCUUAUAGCUGUGAUCAAUGUGGGAAGAGUUUUAGUCAAUCUGGAGAUCUGACAGUGCACCAGAGAAUACACACAGGAGAGAAGCCUUAUAGCUGUGGUCAAUGUGGAAAGAGUUAUGUUCAAUCUAGCCAUUUGACUCUACACCAGAGAAUUCACACAGGAGAGAAACCUUAUAUAUGUGAUCAAUGUGGGAAGAGAUUUGCUGCAUCUGGCUCUCUGACUAUACACCAGAGAACACACACAGGAGAGAAACCUUAUAGCUGUGGUCAAUGUGGGAAGAGAUUUGCUACAUCUGGCUCGCUGACUAUACACCAUAGAACACACACAGGAGAGAAACCUUAUAGUUGUGAUCAAUGUGGGAAGAGUUUUAUUCAAUCCGGAGAUCUGACAGUGCACCAGAGAAUACACACUGGAAAGAAAUCUUGUAGCUGUGAUCAAUGUGGGAAGAGAUUUGCUGCAUCUGGCUCUCUGACUCUACACCAGAGAAUUCACACAGGAGAGAAACCUUAUAGCUGUGAUCAAUGUGGGAAGAGAUUUGCUGCAUCUGGCUAUCUGACUCUACACCAGAGAACACACACAGGAGAGAAACCUUAUAACUGCGAUCAAUGUGGGAAGAGUUAUGUUCAAUCUUGCCAUCUGACUCAACACCAGAGAACACACACAGGAGAGAAACCUUAUAGCUGUGAUCAAUGUGGGAAGAGUUUUGUUACAUCUAACCAGCUGAUGUUACACCAGAGAACACACACAGGAGAGAAAUCCUAUAUCUGUGGUCAAUGUGGGAAGAGUUUUGUUAGAUCUGACCAGCUGACAUUACACCAGAGAACACACACAGGAGAGAAACCUUAUAGCUGUGCUCAAUGUGGGAGGAAUUUUACUACAUCUAGCUCUCUGACAGUACACCAGAGAAAACACACAGGAGAGAAACCUUAUAGCUGUGAUCAAUGUGGGAAGAGUUUUGUUACAUCUAACCAGCGGACGUUACACCAGAGAACACACACGGGAGAGAAAUCCUAUAUCUGUGGUCAAUGUGGGAGGAGUUUUACUACAUCUAGCUCUCUGACAGUACACCAGCGAAAACACACAGGAGAGAAAUCUUAUAGCUGUGACCAGAGAUAGUCUUAUAAAAGAUCUCUGAUCAAAUAUUAGAAAGUACACACAUGAAGGAGUUGUUUCAUGAUUUCAAUGAAUUCAUGUCCCAAUGUAGAAUGUUUUAACAUUGUAGUUGGGGUAUUAUAAUGAUGUCACAAUGUAGAACCCUAAAUGUUG